AUGCAGACUGCUUCUACAAACAUUUGUGAAAGAAUGGGUUGCUCCCAGGAGCUCAGCGAAUUCAAGUGUGGUACCGUGAUAGGUUGCCACCUGUGCAAUAAGUCCAUCCGUGAAAUUUCCUUGCUACUAAAUAUUCCACAGUCAACUGUUAGUGGUAUUAUAACAAUAUGGAAGCAACUGGGAACAACAGCAACUCAGCCACGAAUGACAGAACAGGUUCAGAGCAUGCUGAGGAGCACAGUGUGCAGAAAUUGCCAGCUGUCUGGAGAGUCAAUAGCUAAAGACCUUCGAAUUUCGUGUGCCCUUCAGAUUAGCAAACCAACAGUGCAUAGAGAGCUUCACAGAAUGGGUUUCCAUGGCUGA